UUGUGCUCUCAGCCGUAUAUAACUGUUUUCAGAAUCGCAGAGCUAGCAGAAAAAAGCAAAAAGCAGGAGUUUCGGGGAUUUGAGCGUCGAAACUUUAUCCUUCAUCAACACCUUAUUCGAAAGGAUUUCAGUGCCUGUAAAGCUCUCGUGAAGGAAAUGGCCGACGAAUACUGCGAACUAUGCGAAUAUCCAUUUUAUAUUAGAGGCAAAAUAGCACGUAUUGAAGGAAACCUUCGAGAAGCUUUAAUGUGGUUUGAGCGAGCGCGAUCAGUGAAUCCUCAAAACAGCACAUAUCUGUGGGAAAUUGGGCGCAUAAAUUUCCUUUUUGGAAAUCAUGCUAAAGCAGCUGAUAUUUUUCUGGAUGCAAGUAAGCUGGACCCGUGCAAUUGGGUAACUUUGUUUUCCGUUAUAGAAUCAAAAUACAGGAUAAGUGCGAAAGAAUUUUCAUAUAAAGGGCAUGCGUGUAUGAUAUUUGUUAAAGCAUGAAC